AUGCUUCUUCACUUCCUUCCAUUUAUAUAUUUACGACUUGACAAGUUCUCCUAUACCAUUGACGAAGCAACAACGUUUAAUGUGACUUCAAAUGUAGCAGUUUUACCCUAUCAAACUGAAGGAUUUACAUUUCAAGAUUCGAAUAAUCAAGAAAUAACAGAUUUUCCGCAUAUAUUCUAUCAAGGUAGUACGUUUAUUGUUACCCCAACGCCAGAAAAAGCAGGCACAAAUUUGACAAUUACAGCUAACUAUCUAUUCGAAGACUGUCCAACAGUAGAAUAUGUUCUAAAUGGUUUUUUAAUGACAAAUGAAACAGCCGGAUAUUAUUCUGAUCGAAUUUGCUACUUAUUUUUCCCACGUGAAGAUUCUCUUCUUAAGUUGAACAUGAAUGUUUCAUCUGUUGGUUCUAAUACUGUCAGAUAUUAUUAUUACCGGAGUGUCACUUCAUCAACCCUUUAUCAAUCUACUCAAAUACCAGAAUCUCCGACUGCUCUGGUAAUUAUUGAAUCAGACAGAACAAAUGAAGUUGUUCGUUUAAUGAUAUUGGAUCAGAACAUGUACGAUUUCGGAGAUAACAGAAAAACGAUAAGAGAUUUGGCAUAUAUUCCAGUACCACCCAGUUCAGUCUUUAUUGCCAAGAAUACCGAAGGAUUUACAUUUGAAUCAGAUAUUGCACAAAUUGGUGAAGGAAUUUUCUUCAAUAAUUUAACUAAUUUUAAUGUCAAAGUUACCGGCCCAGGACCAGCCGAUCUUUAUUACUCCAUAGUCUUUGUCAACCCAUAUAUGAACUAUACAGACCUUAAUGUUGAAAUUUUUGGUAAAUCUACUCAUGUUCUUUUCUCAACUUCAGAUUAUGACUUCGAUGUUCGUCGACCAACAGUUUAUUGUCAUAUAUUAACAUCACCAAACAUAAUCAGAUACAAAUUCUGUCAUUCUUCAGCCUAUGCCGAAAAUUUUGUCAUUCAUUAUCCAAAUAACGUAUUUUAUUCAAAUUUGGAGUGUUAUUAUGGAUUUCCUUAUAUUGGCCAAACAGUUGUUUUAUAUGCCAGUGCUGCUGCUAUAUCAGGAGAUGUAUUUGGUCUCCAAACAUCUGAUCUUUUAGUUGAAACAAAUCCAAAACUCACUUUUAGAAAUGAAAGUUUUCAUAUAAUUGGAGACAAUCUAAAGAAUGAAAAUCCUGCGAAUGAUCAUUAUGAUAUUAAAUCCACUACUGCUAAUAUAAACUUUGCAAAUGGAUUUUAUCAAAUAUAUAUACCUGCUGAAGGCAGAACUCUUGAUUUCCAAGUUAAAACAUUAGUUGUUUUUCAUAAUGGAAAAUCAUUUUCAGGAACAAUCUCUUCAGAUAGAAUUUUAGAAUCAACAGGAAAUUAUGUCAUUAAUUUCACUACAAAAUGUGAUACAAUGGAAAUCAAACCACUUGAUAACAAGCCAUUAAUUGCAAAUAUAUCAGUUCUUAAUUAUUAUUAUCGUUCUUUUGAUUCAACAACAUUAGAUGUUAUUGUUGUUUCUCCUAACAAACCACAAUAUUUCUCUAUCUAUAAUAAGAAGACAUAUCAAGGUGUUGCAGUCAAUUUAUCAACAAAUAAACAUCAAAAAAGUAAUUUCUAUAUUUUCGCAUCAGGUCCAUUAGAAUAUGAAGUAUUUGGCGAACCUUCAACAGGUGUAACAUUAUACGAUGGAUACUCAAUGUUGCCAUAUCCAAACAAAACAAUGGCAGCACAACAAUAUAAAGUAACAUUUUCUGAUGAUGACGCAAUGUGGAAAUACAAAACAUAUAGUUAUGCUCCGGCAACAGAAGAAAUAAGUGGUUUGUUUAUUGGUGCUCUUUCUUAUACUAAUUUGUCUAAAUCUAAUUACAAACCAGAGAAUCCACAAUAUGUUUAUACAUAUGGUGAUAAAUAUUCUCCAAGUAUAAUUAUUGCAAUUGUUCUUGGUUGUGCAGUAGGUUUAGUUUUAAUAUUAACCAUUGUUUCUAAAGUUCUUCAUUGUUGGUGUUAUAAUAAGUAUAAGAAGAAUUCUUCUUCGUCAUCUUCAUCAUCAAAGAAGAAGAAGAGAAAUCAUAUUAGUGAAGAACAAUUAGGUCAACAAUACAAUCAAUACCCACCACAAAAUCAACAAUAUAACCAAUAUCCUCCACAAUACGCUCCACCACAAAAUGGGCAGUAUCCUCCACCUCCAAAUGGACAAUAUCCACCACCUCCAAAUGGACAAUAUCCUCCACAAAAUCCAUAUUAUCAAACUCCUAAUUAA